CCGCUCCAACAGUUGCAGGAUGUCGAUGACAGACUUGCUCGGCGCUGAGGACAUCAAGAAGGCGGUGGAGGCCUUUACCGCUGUCGACUCCUUCGACUACAAAAAGUUCUUCCAAAUGGUCGGCCUGAAGAAGAAGAGCCCGGAUGACAUAAAGAAGGUGUUCCACAUCCUGGAUAAAGACAAGAGCGGCUUCAUCGAGGAGGAUGAGCUGGGAUUCAUCCUAAAGGGCUUCUACCCAGAUGCCAGAGACCUGUCUGUGAAAGAAACCAAGAUGCUGAUGGCCGCUGGCGAUAAGAAUGGGGACGGCAAGAUCGAUGUCGAUGAAUUCUUCUCUCUGGUGGCCAAAAGCUAGGAGGCUGUGACUACCCCAGGCCUUCCCCCUCUCUGCCCCAAACACCCAAUCUCAGCCCCUCGAGCUGCCCUCCUGCGUUUCUGUUCAGUGUGUUUAUGUUAUUUUUUACUCCCCCCACCCCCCUGUGGCCCUCAAACGACAUCAUUCUUCUGGAAAAUGCUGGAGAAACAAUAAAGGCUGCACCAAUCAGA